GAUGGUUCACCUGGCGCUUGCUGACGCGUGGGCUUGAAGCCGGCUUGGAUUUGUCUGUGGUAGACUUUCAAUCGCCCAUGGGGGACACAGCGUGCAGGUUCUUGGGUCCAUUGCAAGCAGCAUUCAGCCGGAAGGCCGUGGAAGGAAUCGAUCGAACCUCGCAGAGCCUCGCAGGGAGGCUUCGGGUCUUGGAUUCCGCCGUGCCAGACACUGUCUUGAGCAAGUACUUGAAAGCAGUACUGCCCAGAGGCAACUUGCCAAGUCAGCGGGCAUGCUUUGCGUAUGCUUGUCCGAGGGCCUUAUUUUGCACACGCAAGAGCAUUUAUGGCUGCGAGUCUCUGAGCCAGCGCUACUUCUGCGUCGCUGCUGUCAAAGCUUUGCUGCCGACCCUGACGACAGUGGCGCGCGAUGAUGCGUGCCACUUGCACAAGUAUUGCGCGCGUCGAGCAGCGCGCUCUCAAGCUGCAGCGCAGUUGGCGCCGCCUCACAUGACCUUUGUCUGCGACAAGUUCCACAUGGCAGGCCGCACGGAUGCUUGGUGCAAGCGCAUAUGUGACCCGGAGCUCCCAUCCAACUCCGCUCUUCUCGCUGGUGUCAGGACUUCAGUUUGCGAGUUCACCUUCACAUGGCUCAGCAAAUACAAGCACCAAACCAAGCACAUGAACGAAUACGGUUUUCAGUUCUUCUUGCUCGACAUGGCGUGGAGCCACAAUGAAAUCAUUUUGCAGGGAGGGUACAGGCCGGAGGAGGUAGCUGGCUCUUUGGAUGCUGAGGUUGCGUAG